UUUCAGAUCUGGACCGGGGUUGACUACACGGCUAGCACAGCCUCCAUCCUAAACCUCUUUAUACUGAGCUUAGAUCGCUACUGGUCAGUCCGACAACCGCUCAAGUACCUGCAUAAGCGCACAAAGAGACGAGCUCUCAGCAUGAUAGCCUUCGUGUGGACUGUUUCCUGCCUGUGGGUUUUGCCCAUCUCGAGCUGGCAUCACUUUGCACACGGAGGGGAGAGAACUGUACCCGAAGAUGUCUGCGAUACGGAGUACGCCAAAAACUCUCUCUUUAAACUUAUCGCCGCUUUCUUCAACUUCUACCUCCCUUUAACCAUUAUGUAUAUUCUGUACUUCAGAAUUUUCAUCGCCAUCAGGCGACGUUCAGAGUUUGAGCUGGGUCAAAGAAAUCCAGGAGGGACUGUACUCUCUUACAAAUCGAACGUCGCCAAUUCUCAUUCGCUAGAGGAUAGUGAAUGUAAUGAUGAAAAUUCUUCUCUCGACAACCGAGGCGGUAACGUUAGCGUGAACCACAGUAACAGCAAUGCCUCAAAUCUGAGUGCUGGCAACGGUGCUAGGGCGAGACAGAACGGGACUCGCUCUCUUCCCUCAGGGAAGAGAAACCUCCGACUGCUCACAGUGAAACGGCAACCUGGUGGCAUGACGUACAACAGGGAUUCUUCUGGAAGUGGUGGCACUUUCAAAGUGGAAUAUAUUUAUGACGAAAGUGUCCUAGAUCCUCAGACGGAAAAAAUAGAGAGGUACUUCUACGAAGAUCACUACCCAGUGCAAUGUUUGACACGGUCAACUUGGGUCGUGGGUGGCGACAAAUACUCCAGCAGCCUACCUAGAACAUCGUCUGGAGCAAGAAGCAAUCCUCGACCUCUACCGGAUUUCAAGAUGUCUGUAAAGCUACAGGCAAAUUCCUCAACACCAAAUUUAAAACUUUCACCUGUGACAACACCCCAGGAAUCAGCAUCACAGCUCCAAAUAACUGUCCCUGUACCCCCACAGCUGUCAAAAGGAAAGGGAGCGGCGUUCAAACGAGGUCUUUUUAAAAGAGGUAAAAAAUCCUCCUCUUCUUCAUCAUCAAAACUUCAAGGUGUCAGGCUGGAUUCGUAUAGAAAAUACAACCCCGAAGAAACCUCUUUCUCGCCUUCGAGUUUCCCACAGCUCACGGCCGUUUCAGAAUCAUCCUCUUCCUCAGCCAGUACUUUCGAAGAGCGAGAUCGCAAAACUACGUGCUCAGGAAAGAAUAAACCAGAGACAACAACAGUAAUAAAUCAUUCCGCAAGAUCUCAACUGCCAAAACAUUCACCACGAGAAACAUUUUCUGUGGUCAGUGGGAUCAGAAAGAUUCGCCAAGCGGAGUCUUUUUUCGACCGGACAGCUGGCGUGUCAAUCCCGCCAAGCAGCAGUGCAGAAUGUUGUUCCUCUAAGAACGGAGAGGAGUCUGAUGGAGGCGUCAUGGUUCUACAUGACGACAAGCAUCGCCGUCUCACAGGAGGGGUCACUGGACUGAAAGAAAGACUCCGGACAAUACGACAAAGUUCCUCUCUCAACAAAGAAAUCAAAGCCGCGAGGCAGCUUGGAGUCAUUAUGGGAGCGUUCACUUUGUGUUUUUUGCCCUAUUUCACCCUUUUCCUGGUGGUCGCUUUUUGUGACAAUUGUGUGGACAGUGGUCACCUGACCGCCGCCACCUGGGUUGGUUACUUAAACUCUACACUUAAUCCAUUCCUUUACCCUUUGUGUAACGCAAACUUCAGGACCAAAUUCCGCUCUAUGUUGGGCUGUUGUAGCAAACGGAGGGGUAGACUCCGAUCCACAAAACAGGAACGCUCUGAGAGAAAUACAGCGUUUCAUUCAAGAUAUGACUGAUGCCAGCGUUUCAAAACUCGAGAACUUGGAGCAAUUGUGUCAUUUGUACAGUCAUUAAAGAUUAAAUUGAUUAUCAUUAAA